UCUCCUCCUCUUUUCUCAGGUCAGUCAUGCGUCAGAUUGAUCAGAUUCGUCAGAUUCCCGCCAAGUUUGGAGGGAGUGACAUGAGUGACCUUAGUAUUUGAAUGCCGAACAGCCGGAUUCCAGGAUGACGUUGGAGCGAACUAUCGAGGACAUUGACAAGGUGGUUCUCCACGCCAAAUUGGACCCCGAGGAUUUAAUGCCGCAGAGUCAAGUGCUUCAUUUCGACUCGAAUCCGUUGGAUCUGACACAAUUACGAUUGGUCGAGAUGGAACCCACCUUGGCCGAGGGCCUGAUCCAAGGUCAAAUAUUGACGUUUCGCGGUCAAGACCAGGAUAGCUUGGUACUGUGUACCCAAGAUCAAACCUUUGACGUCAAGGAAGCCGAGACGUCCAAUAGUCUACUCAUCAUGGAUCGACUCGAGUUUCCGAGGCCGACCGCCUUGACCGAGGUCAAACCGCGACAUGUGGCACAAUCGUCCGUGUUGGGCGUAUUCCACCGCUACUUAGAGCUCAAACCUUGCCAACCUCGCUUGAAACGACUCUUUGAUCAUAUGAAACAGAGUCCUUUGGCUAGUUCAAGUGAUUUGACCUCAGGAUCGAGCCUGAGCCAACUUUUAAAAUGCAUUCAAUGCUCAGAAAAUGAGCUGAUCCAAGCCUUGGCCCAAGUGCCCACGGUUCAGCUUGAGGGUCGUUGGUUUUAUCUGGAGCCGGAUUUCCGUAUGAAGCUACUCAUGUAUUUCACCAAUUACGUGGAAAUGAACGCCUGGGACUGGGACAAUGUGGUCCGCGAAGAUAUCCUCGAGAUGCUGACCACGUUCGAGCCACGCAAUUUGUUGGAACAAAUCUUUGAUUAUUACUUCGACUCGCCGGGUUCAAAGCCUGGGGCCUUUAAGAUGAAUCGAGCCAAGGUGGCUCGGUUUCACGGCGAGUAUCUCUUGGAAUCCGGCUCGGCGUUCGCUUUAGCAGAUUUCCAAAAGAUGUGGCAGCAAUCCGUCCCAGAAUGUUUGACCACCGAAUUGACUUUGCUCCAAGAUAUCUCUCUCGUGGAUCGAGAAUCAGCCCCACCACUCAUCAAAAUCUUUCGGGAACGGGAUCUCCCGGAAAAUGUUCAAGAACGGUUGGCAAUUUUAUUCAGAGAGAAGGAGAAAUGGACGGUGGAGGAAAUGACCCCGUUCGUUGAAAAGCUAACUUCGGCCAAAUUGAAUGUCAAUGCUUUGCUCACCAAAUACGCCCGUGCAUCCAAGAUCAACGGCGUCAAGUACUUUGGGGCUAAGCAUGGAAAGUAAAUGGCUCACUCAGAAUGAAGCUUUUGGGAUAUUUUUGGAUUUCCUGUCCACCGGAAGUAAGAAUUUGUUUACCUAAUUAUGGAACAUCUUUGCAGCUAAUGGGCAUAAAUGGCUUAACUC